AUGGGUCCGUUAACUUUUAUCAAGCUUUGCGGUCUAUCCGCCGCAGCUUUGGCGUGGCCUCUCACUGAGGCUCACCAAGUUGUGCUGCAUCCAGCACCGCAGUGGAUAACGGACAACAGGGAUACCCAACACAACCCUCUUGCGUUCCUUGAAAGCCAGGGAUUCAAGACGCAAGAAGACUUUAAGUCGUGGCGCAUCCAGAACGGCUACAAAACACUCCGUGACUUUAUGGAACAUGCCAAGUACACUGUUACCGAAGGAGCGGACUUCUCGUGUGGUUGGACCAACCCCAAAGGUACGCCACAGCCAAUUCCGGCUGGAGGCAUCAUGCGCUCUACCGGAUAUACCCAUGAGGGGCCAUGCGAAAUGUGGGUCGCUGAUACGCAGGUGUACCAAGCCGACAACUGCCACGUAUCACUGCCAGGCAAAGAAUAUCCAAUCGACUAUUCGCCGUGCAAGGGAAACUGUGUUCUCUACUGGUACUGGCUCGGUGUGCGCUUCCUCAAGAAUUCGUAUUCGUGGCAGGUGUACAAAGAAUGCAUCCCACUGACAACGAACUCCACCACCAAGUAAGCUUGGAACUCUGGUUUCUGGAUAACUUUGUCUUAUCAAGUAGCGUAUCCACUAGCUGUAUAUGUGCUAGCUACAUUUCCACCAAAAGGCAAUUUGCCAAUCCGCUGAAUCAAUCGAAAAGGUUUUGAGUGUGAC